AUGAAAAUCUUCCUUUGCUUGCUGGCGGUUGGCGCCGUAGUCAAUGCGGGCUACAUUGGCGGUGGUGCAGGCGGUGGCGGAGGCGGUGGUGGUGGACAUGGACAUGGUGACUCUGGUGCUGCACCCGAAGUUAAAGUUAUCAAAGUGAUACACGAAACGGCUGGUGGUGCAGGCGGUGGUGCUGGUGGCUGGGCGGCAGGAGGCGGUGGCGGCGGCGGCGGUGGCUGGUCAGCAGGCGGUGGCGGCGGCUAUGGCGGUGGCGGCUAUGGUGGCGGCUCUCAAGGUGGACAGGAAGUGAAGAUUAUCAAAAUCAUUUCGCAGCAACCCUCAGAUGGUGGCUACGGAGGUGCCUCUAGUGGUGGCUGGGCUGCAGGUGGUGGCUCUAGUGGUGGCUGGGCUGCAGGCGGCGGCGGUGGUGGCUCCUCUGGCUGGUCAUCCGGUGGCAGCGAUUCCAACACAGCUGUGAAAAUCAUCAAAAUCAUCUCGGAAAGCAGCUCUGGAGCUGGUGAUGCCGCAGGCUGGUCUGCAGGUGGUUCAGCGGGAGGCGGUGGUGGCUGGUCUUCGGCUGGUGCUUCGAGCGGCGGCUGGUCCUCGGGUGGCUUAUCAGGCGGCGGCGGCGGCGGCGGUGGCUGGUCUUCCGGUGGUCCUGCAAGCGGCGGCUGGUCCCCAGCAGCUCCUGCUAGCGAUGGUUGGUCCUCCCAGGGCGGUGGCAACGGCGGCAGCUGGUAA